CCGGCAGCCAUUUUCGUUGGAACUGCAGCAUCAUGUCGUUGGCGUUUUUCCGCAGCUUGAGUCUGGCGUCGCCGUUCAUGCCGACGCAGUUCGUUCGCCAUGCCAGUAAGAAGUCCGGUGGUUCGACGAAGAACGGUCGCGACUCUGUCUCGAAGCGUCUCGGCGUGAAAAAGUUUGGCGGCGAAGCUGUGAUCUCGGGCAACAUCAUCAUCCGCCAACGAGGCACCAAGGUCCAUGCGGGCAAGGGUGUAGGUAUCGGCAGAGACCACACGUUGUUUGCGACGCGUGACGGUUUUGUGCGAUUCUGGUGGAAUGAGCCCAAGAAGUGCCAGGAAGUAUCUGUCAACCAGAACCGGGAACGACAACGCCGUGUCGUGGCGUCGGCCCCUGCGAUCAUCUCCACCCCCGCCGAACCGCUUGUGCAAAGUGCAUGAAUGACCGGCACACGAGUGAGAUAGACCUCCUCCUGUAUUUGAUAGCUCAAAAUGGUAAUCACGUUAAUCACAAGUGGUUGCGCCAGAAGCGGCCUUCUUGGGCUUCCCGAAUCCGCGCCUUGCCAUCCAGGUGCCGCUGGUUCUUGUCUCGGAUUUGCUGGGCCACAUCUUGGGACUCUUCAAGGGUUCGGGCACGAACAGGUGCCCCCUCCAGCGCCGUCGCCAGGAUCGCAAUCGUCAUCAUCAGUCCCCACUUCAUGCUGCUUGUAUUGAUUUGUUGGUAUCAAUAACGGCAAUGUGCACUUGACACUUUAGCUAUGCAUUGAACGUCCACGUUGUGACUCCAUCUUGACGUUCUAACUUUAGCUGGG